CUGAGUCUGAGAGCUCAGAGGAGGGAAAGUCUGAGAGACACAAAAAGGCCAAAGAAAGGCCAAAGGUAGAGGAAAUAAAAUCUGUCCAGUUGAGGAGAAAUUUGGCUUUGCAGGCACCAUGAAAAGCUUUCUUUCCUGGACAGUCCUGGCAGCCCUUGUCCUGGUGCACAUCUCCCAGGCAGUCUAUGUUCAGGAUGGAGACUUUAAAUUCCCCCUGGAGUCUGUGAAGAAGCUGAAGGAGCUCAUGGAGGGCAGCAAACACAUCAACCCUCGCAUGAUGGUGCCCAUGGCCAGCUACUCCCCAUGCCAGGACAAACACCUCCCUGAGGAGUUCAGGCCUGUGUGCAAGAGGGAGGAUGCACCCAUGAUUUUCAGGAGGCUGAGCCUGGCUGCUGAGGACGACCUGUGUGAGAUCUGUGCCAACGCUGCCUGUGCUGGCUGCUUCUGAGAAGGUGGAAAAACCCACAACAGACACGUCCAGCUGGGAAGUUUGUGCAUUCCUGUGAAGAUCAUGUACUUUCACCAAUCAAUAUUCCUGGGCUUCAACUGCAGGCAAGCUGCAGCUGCCAGCUCGUGGGGACAUCCCUGCAGUCCUGCAGCACCUGGAGCAGAGCAGAUCUGCCAGCAAGGAGGCUGGGACUCCUCUGAGAGCUUCCAGGGCUGCAGGAGUUGGGUGACACUGCAAUGGAAAUGCCCUGGGUUUCAUUUCCCACUGUUUCCCCUGGAUUUGAACAAACUGUGAAACUCAGCAUCCCCUGCAGCCUCUUUAAUGGCUAAUUUUUAAUGUCCAAUAAGCAGUAUCUAAUCAUUAAUAUCUACCUGUGAUUUGGCCUCCCCUACACACAACAUCACUGGAUGAUUCCCUUUUUCAGCCCUCAUUCCCAGUGGGUUGGAUCCCUUUCCCUCCCACCUGCCUGCAGGUGACUCCUCUGAGUUUGUAGCAGAACUGCAAUGAGUAACUCAAGCUGAAUUCCUGCUGUUUAGGAACAUUCUGACAGCCAGAAAUCAGCCAGUUCCUUGUACUGAUUGUUGUUGAUUUGGGGAAUGGAUGUAGAGGAGCACAGGAACACUUCUUCACUGGCUGGGUAUCAAGGUUCUUUAAACUCUCUUUGAGAGAAAAUAAUUCUAAAGCACAGUGCUAGAAUCACACUGAAAUGAAAGCAUUGUCUGUUUUAUUUAUUGGUGGCAAGAUUGUAAAGAAAUUCUGUUCAUGUUUAUAUGCUGUACAGGCAAUAAAAAACUAGUAAUAAUUUGGA